AUGUCGAAACGAAUGCCAAGCUUUGUCGAUUUGGCGCAUCGAACCGCCGUGACCGGUCUCGUGGGUCUGGGCAUCUGGGGACUCUGGCUUACAGCUGCUGUAUGGAAGUCUCGUCGCGAUGAACGAUUGAUCAUCGCGUCCAACGGCGGCCAAAUCCCGAUCUCGCAACAAGCGCUUGCACUCUCGCAGCAACAGAACGGCCAAGAUCCAUUCCCAAUCACAAACGACCCAAAGCACGAGCCAGGUCGUCGCGUAUAA